AUGCGCCGCCUGGCACUUGCGAGCCUGGCUGCUGCGCCGCUGCUGAAACGCCGCCGCCCGGCGGCCUGUCAGACACCGCUGACAGAAGUGGAGGCGCGUCGAGUCCUGCAACUCUUCGAUGGCCUGCUCUUCGACGAGGAGUAUGGGGAUAUCCACCUCUACGACAUCUCGGUGGAGGAGGAGCAGCAGGUGGAGGGUAGUGGUGGGGACGCCACCUACGGAGAGCUCCGGGAGGAGAUCUUGGAGUGGCUCCUGGCGCACUGCGAGAUGCGCCCACAGGAUAUCUUGUGCGACCUCGGCAGCGGCAGCGGGCGAGCGUUGUUGUACCUGGCGCUCCGCACGGGCUUGCCGGCGGUGGGAGUCGAGUUGUCGCCCACGCGGCAUCGCUGCGCGGAGACAUUGAAGAUGCUGGCGCAGCCUUUCCUCUGCGGAGAGGUGACCUUCGUCCAAGGCGAUCUCUCUGAGACAGGCCCACAGAGGCAUGCAACGGUGGUUCUCUUUGCCAACAAGCUGUUCUCUGAGGACAUCUUCCGUGCCGUCGCGCGGUAG